UCUCAUUCCUAUUCCAGGAACGAGUUUAGAAAAACAAAGCAAGAAGGGUUUCUUUCUUCUUCAUCCUUUCUUUCUGGUUACAUUUCUUUGUCAUGACUGCUUCGAAGUUUAUUGCAGUCUUGGCUUUUCUUUUUAUUGUGUUAAGCAACAAUGGCGUAGAGGGAUCUCAUAAGAUUUAUCCAGAGUAUCAAAGCCUUUUUCCUGUUAAGAUCAGUAAAACCCAUAGAACUGGCUACCACUUUCAGCCUCCUAAGCAUUGGAUCAACGAUCCAAACGGGCCUAUGUACUAUAAUGGGAUAUAUCAUCUCUUCUAUCAGUAUAAUCCCAAAGGUGCUGUUUGGGGCAAUAUCGUUUGGGCACAUUCUGUUUCAAAAGAUUUGGUCAAUUGGGAAUCCCUUGAGCCUGCAAUUUACCCUUCAAAAUGGUUUGAUAAAAAAGGAUGUUGGUCCGGAUCCGCCACAAUCCUACCGGGUAAUAAACCCAUAAUCCUUUACACUGGAAUCGACCCACACGAACGUGAAAUUCAAAACUAUGCAAUACCCAAAAAUUUAUCCGACCCAUAUCUCCGUGAGUGGAUCAAGCCCGAUGACAAUCCGGUGGUGAAUCCGGGCAAGGGCGUGAACGCCAGCGCCUUCCGAGACCCUACCACGGCUUGGUUCGCUGAUGGGCAUUGGAGAAUCGUGGUUGGGAGUAGAAGAAAGCAUAGAGGCAUGGUAUAUUUGUAUAGGAGUAAGGAUUUUAAGACGUGGAUACAGGCCAAACACCCACUUCAUUCGGUUGCCGAAACGGGUAUGUGGGAGUGCCCGGAUUUAUUUCCCGUUUCAAGAUCCAGUCAAAACGGGUUGGACGCUUCAGUUGCUGGAGAACAUGUGAAACAUGUAUUUAAAGUUAGCUUAGACUCGAAAAGAUACGAAUACUAUACGGUUGGUACUUAUCAUAAGAAGAAUAAGGAAAGAUAUAUUCCUGAUAAAGGUUCAGUUGAUGGUUGGGCUGGGCUUAGAUUUGAUUAUGGGAAUUUUUAUGCCUCGAAGACUUUCUUUGACCCAAGCAAGGAUAGGAGGAUUUUAUGGGGUUGGGCUAAUGAGUCUGAUACGCCUAAGGAUGAUACACGCAAAGGAUGGGCUGGCAUUCAGACUAUUCCACGGAAGAUUUGGCUAGAUGCUAGUGGCAAACAAGUGGUACAAUGGCCUGUUGAAGAAUUGGAGAAAUUGAGAGGACAUAAGGUUCAAUGGACCAAUAAAAAACUGGAAAGAGGAAAAUAUUUUGAAAUCAGAGGCAUCACUGCUGCCCAGGCUGAUGUAGAUGUUACCUUCUCAUUUUCAAGCCUUGACAAAGUUGAAACUUUUGACCCUAAAUGGGCUAACAUUCCUGCACAAGAAGUUUGUGCUCAAAAGGGAUCCAAAAGUCAAGGGGAAUUGGGCCCAUUUGGGCUCUUGACAUUAGCAUCUGAACAUCUUGAAGAAUUUACUCCUGUCUCCUUCAGAGUAUUCAAAGCACCAAAAAAACAUGUUGUUCUCCUUUGCUCUGAUGCAAGAAGCUCUUCCUUGGGGCCUGCAUUGUACAAGCCAUCUUUUGCUGGAUUUGUUGAUGUGGAUUUAUCGAACAAGAAGCUUUCAGUUAGGAGUUUAAUUGAUCAUUCAGUGGUAGAAAGUUUUGGAGCUGGAGGUAAAACAGUGAUAACAUCUAGGGUUUAUCCUACAAUUGCUAUCAGAGACAAGGCUCAUUUGUUUGUGUUCAACAAUGGAUCACAGACUAUUACAGUGGAAAAUCUUAAUGCUUGGAGCAUGAAAAAGCCUGUCAUGAAUGUUCCUCUAAAGAACUGAGGGGAAAAAUAAAGAAGGGAAGAUGUAUGUUUAAUUUUAGUUUUAGCUUUAGCAUCCAAAUUGAAAAUUUUGGAUCAACUAUUAUAUUAGAAGUUUCUGUAGAGUGCUAGUUUGAGUUAUGAGAUAAAAUAAAUAUCUUUAUCAUCCAUGUAACAGAUUUAACUCUUUGAGUAAUUUGUAGUUUUCGCCUUACUCUAAUAGUUUCCAAUAUAAA